AUGAAAGCCCGGGAUGCUCUGAGACGGGCUCUGCUGCGUGAUGGAGACCAUGCUAAGUACCAGCAGGUGCCCGUGGUGCUGGUGGGGAACAAGGUGGACCUGGAGGACGAGAGGGAGGUGUCCCCGAGCGAGGGCCAGGCGCUGGCCGAGGACUGGGGCUGCCCCUUCAUGGAGACCUCGGCCAAGAGCAAGACCAUGGUGGACGAGCUAUUCGCAGAGAUCGUCCGGCAGAUGGACUUCUGCCCUCUGCCUGACCGGAGAGAGACCUGCUGCCCCACCUGCAGCAUACAGUAG